AUGAUCUCUAAAAGACCACACCUUUAUAAAAGAGCUGUCCUCUCAUCUGAACCCAAAACUAAUCGAAAAACCAAAAAAAGAGCGCCAAGUGGUUUUAUACUUUAUAAAAAUCAAAAUAAACUAAAUCCUUCGAAUGCUAAAGUAGCAUAUGAGAAUGAAACUGAAGAUGUCCGUAUAGCUUUUGAAAGACAAGCGGAGAUGUUGCGAUUUGGAGCUGAUUCAAAUUUUAUUAACUUAGAUAAAAGAUCUUUUAUUAACUCAGAUACAUCUGAACAAGUUGACGAUACAAAUGCAACUGUCUCAACUGUCAAUGACUCGGAAACGAAAUUGUUUCUUCAUUUUAAUAACGUAACCAACAACUCAUCACCAUUCGAACAACCGAUCUUUCAAACAUCUUAUGAAGAUUUACUGAUUCGGAAUAAUGAGACUUCAUUCAUUUAG